AUGACGUCUCAGUGGGAGGAGAUGAGUGGUCAGGAUGAUGAGGGGAACAGUGUGAGGACCUAUCAGCUGUGUCCUGGAGACGGCAGCACCUCUCAUUGGCUUAGGAGCCGGCUGAUCCCCCGAAGGACCGCCUCCGUGCUCUACGUAGAGAUAAGGUACGGACAUGCUGAUUGGCUAAUGGGGUUAUACAGAUGUUCACUUCAAUUGGUUAAUUGAUUGUAGGCGCUGGGUUCCUCUCUAGGUUCCUGCCUUCUAGAGAAUGUUCCCCCUCUGAGCCUGGUUCCUCUCUAGGUUCCUGCCUUCUAGAGAAUGUUCCCCCUCUGAGCCUGGUUCCUCUCUAGGUUUCUGCCUUCUAGAGAAUGUUCCCCCUCUGAGCCUGGUUCCUCUCUAGGUUCCUGCCUUCUAGAGAAUGUUCCCCCUCUGAGCCUGGUUCCUCUCUAGGUUCCUGCCUUCUAGAGAGUGUUCCCCCUCUGAGCCUGGUUCCUCUCUAGGUUCCUGCCUUCUAGAGUGUUCCCCCUCUGAGCCUGGUUCCUCUCUAGGUUCCUGCCUUCUAGAGAAUGUUCCCCCUCUGAGCCUGGUUCCUCUCUAGGUUUCUUCCUAGGUUCCUGCCUUCUAGAGAAUGUUCCCCCUCUGAGCCUGGUUCCUCUCUAGGUUUCUUCCUAGGUUCCUGCCUUCUAGAGAAUGUUCCCCCUCUGAGCCUGGUUCCUCUCUAGGUUCCUGCCUUCUAGAGAGUUUUCCCUCUUGAGCCUGGUUCCUCUGUAGGUUUCUGUCUUCUAGGGAGUUUUUCCUAACAACUGUGCUUCUGCUUUGCUUGGUCUUCGUGGUUUUAGGCUGGGUAAAGCACUUUUUAAAAAUGUAAAGCACUUUUAAAGCACAACUGCGGAUGUAAAAAGGCUUUAUAAAUGCAUUUGAUUGACUUGUUGAUUUGAUUGAUUAAUGCAUUGAUGAAUGUAUUGACAGGUUUACGAUGAUGGAGUGUUCGUCUCUUCCCUAUAACUCCCACCGGUCCUGUAAAGAGACAUUUAACCUGUACCACUAUCAGACAGACACGGACGAAGCUACCAACACGCACCCUGCCUGGAUGGAGAACCCCUAUACCAAGGUACGCUUCCAAUACACGCACCCUGCCUGGAUGGAGAACCCCUAUACCAAGGUACGCUUCCAAUACACGCACCCUGUCUGGAUGGAGAACCCCUAUACCAAGGUACGCUUCCAAUACACGCACCCUGCCUGGAUGGAGAACCCCUAUACCAAGGUACGCUUCCAAUACACGCACCCUGCCUGGAUGGAGAACCCCUAUACCAAGGUACGCUUCCAAUACACGCACCCUGCCUGGAUGGAGAACCCCUAUACCAAGGUACGCUUCCAAAACACGCACCCUGCCUGGAUGGAGAAUCCCUAUACCAAGGUACGCUUCCAAUCCAAACGGCCAGUUACGCUAGCUGUGUAGAACAAUAUGAUUGCAUAAAGUGCCGUACAGCACUCUUUUGAAAUAAAGUCAUUUUUGACAAAUAUGCAAAUGUGUCAAUUUGUCACUUUCGUGGCUAUGUGGACAUGUUCAGCUACUGAAGAAACUGUAUUGACAGCCAGUAGGCUUGGGAGAUAUACCGUAUACCGGGGUAUAUCACAAUACCGCCUUGCUACGCCACUGCUUAUAACUAUAAGUUAAGUAUAACUACAUAUAAGAAAUCUAAGAUGUGUCAAAUAAAUGAUAUCCAUCUCAGGGCUCCAGCUCAGGGCUCCAGCUCAGGGCUCCAGCUCAGGGCUCCAGCUCAGGGCUCCAGCUCAGGGCUCCAGGUCAGGGCUCCAGCUCAGGGCUCCAGGUCAGGGCUCCAGCUCAGGGCUCCAGCUCAGGGCUCCAUCUCAGGGCUCCAGCUCAGGGCUCCAGGUCAGGGGUCCAGCUCAGGGCUCCAUCUAUGCAUCUGGUUUGCUAACUUGCUAGCUAAGUGGCUAGAUGUCGAGAUCAAACUUCUUGGUUACAGCAGAGACAUUCAAUCCCCUCCUGAAUCAAUAUCCCUGUUGUCGAAAUUGUUUUGUGCGUCCCCGCCCCCCCCCCCCCCCCAAAUGUUUUUUAUGUACAUUUGAGAAAUAACACCCAUUGUGUGCAAAUUCGGUAAUACCGUAUACUCCGGUAUGGUACGAAAACUGUACGACGGAAUGAAAAUCUGGUUACCGCCCAACCCUACUAGAUAAUGUAUUUAGAUUCAGAGAAAACCUACCAAUGGGAGGAGUUUGUCACUUUGACAACCAACCAAAAUCCUUCCCUGGUCUUGUUAGUCUGCUUAUGGACCAGUACAGGAAGAUCCCACCAGAUGACCUUCUUGGUUUUAACAUCCUCCCUAACCCGCUCUCUCCUCAGGUGGACACAGUAGCAGCUGACUUCCUGCUUCGAAGGGGUGGAGAGAAGAAAUCCAAUGUGAAGACGCUCAGGAUUGGUCCAUUAACUAAAAGGGGCAUGUACCUAGCCUUCCAAGCACAGGGAGCCUGUAUGGCUCUGCUGGCUGUCAGGGUAUGGACCGUCUUCUUAAGUUACUUAGUUACAUUCACAGGUUAACAUUAGUUACCUAGUUUUACUUACUGGCUGUCAGGGUAUGGACGGUCUUCUUAAGUUACUUAGUUACAUUCACAGGUUAACAAUAGUUACCUAGUUUUACUUACUGGCUGUCAGGGUAUGGACGGUCUUCUUAAGUUACUUAGUUACAUUCACAGGUUAACAAUAGUUACCUAGUUUUACUUACUGGCUGUCAGGGUAUGGACGGUCUUCUUAAGUUACUUAGUUACAUUUACAGGUUAACAUUAGUUACCUAGUUUUACUUACUGGCUGUCAGGGUAUGGACGGUCUUCUUAAGUUACUUAGUUACAUUUACAGGUUAACAAUAGUUACCUAGUUUUACUUACUGGCUGUCAGGGUAUGGACGGUCUUCUUAAGUUACUUAGUUACAUUUACAGGUUAACAUUAGUUACCUAGUUUUACUUACUGGCUGUCAGGGUAUGGACGGUCUUCUUAAGUUACUUAGUUACAUUUACAGGUUAACAUUAGUUACCUAGUUUUACUUACUGGCUGUCAGGGUAUGGACGGUCUUCUUAAGUUACUUAGUUACAUUUACAGGUUAACAUUAGUUACCUAGUUUUACUUAGUCUUAAGUAAGUUUUAAAGUAACAUUUGAUCAUGUAGAAUGCAGUCUUAACGCUUCAACUCAAUCGGACUCUACACACCCGCUCCCACUCUUCUCUAACCCUAUCCAUUCUGUCUCCAGGUAACCCAGUCUUCUCUAACCCUAUCCAUUCUGUCUCCAGGUAACCCAGUCUUCUCUAACCCUAUCCAUUCUGUCUCCAGGUAACCCAGUCUUCUCUAACCCUAUCCAUUCUGUCUCCAGGUAACCCAGUCUUCUCUAACCCUAUCCAUUCUGUCUCCAGGUAACCCAGUCUUCUCUAACCCUAUCCAUUCUGUCUCCAGGUAACCCAGUCUUCUCUAACCCUAUCCAUUCUGUCUCCAGGUAAGCCAGUCUUCUCUAACCCUAUCCAUUCUGUCUCCAGGUAACCCAGUCUUCUCUAACCCUAUCCAUUCUGUCUCCAGGUAACCCAGUCUUCUCUAACCCUAUCCAUUCUGUCUCCAGGUAACCCAGUCUUCUCUAACCCUAUCCGUUCUGUCUCCAGGUAACCCAGUCUUCUCUAACCCUAUCCAUUCUGUCUCCAGGUAACCCAGUCUUCUCUAACCCUAUCCAUUCUGUCUCCAGGUAACCCAGUCUUCUCUAACCAUAUCCAUUCUGUCUCCAGGUAAUCCAGUCUUCUCUAACCCUAUCCAUUCUGUCUCCAGGUAACCCAGUCUUCUCUAACCCUAUCCAUUCUGUCUCCAGGUAACCCAGUCUUCUCUAACCCUAUCCAUUCUGUCUCCAGGUAACCCAGUCUUCUCUAACCCUAUCCAUUCUGUCUCCAGGUAACCCAGUCUUCUCUAACCCUAUCCAUUCUGUCUCCAGGUAACCCAGUCUUCUCUAACCCUAUCCAUUCUGUCUCCAGGUAACCCAGUCUUCUCUAACCCUAUCCAUUCUGUCUCCAGGUAACCCAGUCUUCUCUAACCCUAUCCAUUCUGUCUCCAGGUAACCCAGUCUUCUCUAACCCUAUCCGUUCUGUCUCCAGGUAACCCAGUCUUCUCUAACCCUAUCCAUUCUGUCUCCAGGUAACCCAGUCUUCUCUAACCCUAUCCAUUCUGUCUCCAGGUAACCCAGUCUUCUCUAACCCUAUCCAUUCUGUCUCCAGGUAACCCAGUCUUCUCUAACCCUAUCCGUUCUGUCUCCAGGUAACCCAGUAUUCUCUAACCCUAUCCGUUCUGUCUCCAGGUAACCCAGUCUUCUCUAACCCUAUCCAUUCUGUCUCCAGGUAACCCAGUCUUCUCUAACCCUAUCCAUUCUGUCUCCAGGUAACCCAGUCUUCUCUAACCCUAUCCAUUCUGUCUCCAGGUAACCCAGUCUUCUCUAACCCUAUCCAUUCUGUCUCCAGGUAACCCAGUCUUCUCUAACCCUAUCCAUUCUGUCUCCAGGUAACCCAGUCUUCUCUAACCCUAUCCAUUCUGUCUCCAGGUAAACCCAGUCUUCUCUAACCCUAUCCGUUCUGUCUCCAGGUAACCCAGUCUUCUCUAACCCUAUCCAUUCUGUCUCCAGGUAACCCAGUCUUCUCUAACCCUAUCCGUUCUGUCUCCAGGUAACCCAGUCUUCUCUAACCCUAUCCAUUCUGUCUCCAGGUAACCCAGUCUUCUCUAACCCUAUCCAUUCUGUCUCCAGGUAACCCAGUCUUCUCUAACCCUAUCCAUUCUGUCUCCAGGUAACCCAGUCUUCUCUAACCCUAUCCAUUCUGUCUCCAGGUAACCCAGUCUUCUCUAACCCUAUCCGUUCUGUCUCCAGGUAACCCAGUCUUCUCUAACCCUAUCCGUUCUGUCUCCAGGUAACCCAGUCUUCUCUAACCCUAUCCAUUCUGUCUCCAGGUAACCCAGUCUUCUCUAACCCUAUCCAUUCUGUCUCCAGGUAACCCAGUCUUCUCUAACCCUAUCCAUUCUGUCUCCAGGUAACCCAGUCUUCUCUAACCCUAUCCAUUCUGUCUCCAGGUAACCCAGUCUUCUCUAACCCUAUCCAUUCUGUCUCCAGGUAACCCAGUCUUCUCUAACCCUAUCCAUUCUGUCUCCAGGUAACCCAGUCUUCUCUACCCCUAUCCAUUCUGUCUCCAGGUAACCCCAGUCUUCUCUAACCACAUCCUUCUGUCUCCAGGUAACCCAGUCUUCUCUAACCCUAUCCAUUCUGUCUCCAGGUGUAUUUUAAGAAGUGCCCCCCCCUGACGCGCUCCUUCUCCCGGUUCCCUGAGACGGUUCCCCAUGGCCUGGGUGAGGGGGCCGCAGGGUGUGUGGGGAGACACGAAGUGACGCCGCGGGCGAGCUGGAAGCUCUCCCCAGCAUGCUUGUGCGGUGAGACGGGAAGGGGUCGGUCAGCCUGCCACCACCUGUGCCUGCAGACCAGGGUAUGAGGCCACGGACACAGAACUACAAUGUAGAGGUGAGGGGGUCGGAGGUGAGGGGGUCGGAGGUGAGGGGGUGGAUCGUGGGGAAGGUCGGAGGAGGGCGUAGGAGGUGAAGGGCUUGGUCGGAGGUGCGGUGUGUGUGUGUGUGUGUGUCUCAGUGUGUGUCUCAGUGUGUGCCUCUGUGUGUGCCUCUGUGUGUGCCUCUGUGUGUGUGUGUGUGUGUGUGUAUCUCCGUGUGUGUGUGUGUGUGUGAUUCAGUAUGUAUGUGUGUCUCAGUGUGUGUCUCAGUGUGUGUCUCAGAUUACAGGCAACAUCCGCGCUGAGCUAAAGGCUAGAGCUGCCGCUUUCAAGGAGCGGGACUCUAAUCCGGACGCUUAUAAGAAAGUGGAUGAAAAACAGAUUUGGCUCAUUAAUCUAUAUGGUCCAAAUCAGGAUGAUACAUACUUCUUUGAAAAUAUUUAUACCAAUUUAUUGAAUUUACAGGCAACAAAUGAUCAAAUCAUAAUGGUGGGAGACUAUAACACAGUGUUGAGUGUUACAGGACUAAUCAGUGUCUGAUCGGAGAAGUAUGUACUCAAGAAGUCUUCUCCCUGUUUCGUUAUUAUUUCAGUCAUAGUUACCAUUUCGUAUUUUGGCUGUCAGCCUGUUUUUGGAGACUUAUUUGCUCCGGUGUCUUAACGCUACAGCAUACAAUGACAUUCUAGAUGAUUCUGUGCUUCUGACUUUGUGACAACAGUUUGGGGAAGGCCCUUUCCUGUUUCAGCAUGACAAUGCCCCUGUGCAUAAAGUGAGGUCCAUACAGAAAUGAUUUGUCGAGAUCGGUGUGGAAGAACUUGACUGGUCUGCACAGAGCCCUGACCUCAAUUCUAUUGAACACCUUUGGGAUGAAUUGGAACGCCGACUGCGACUCAGGCCUAAUCGCCCAACAUCAGUGCCCGACGUCACUAAUGCUCUUGUGGCUGAAUGGAAGCAAGUCCCCGCAGCAAUGUUCCAACAUCUAGUGGAAAGCCUUCCCAGAAGAGUGGAGGCUGUUAUAGCAGCAAAGGGGGGACCAACUCCAUAUUAAUGCCCAUGAUUUUGGAAUGAGAUGUUUGAUGAGCAGGUAUCCACAUACUUUUGAUCAUGUGGUGUAUGUGUGCGUUUAUGACCCUCUUUCUGUUUCUGUAUAGAACAGGUCACGUCAGGGUUAGGGUUAGGCACAACAGGUCACGUCAGGGUUAGGCACCAGAUUGGGGCUUUUGCCUUCAGAGAAUGGCGCCCUCAUUCCUGUGUGUGUGUGUGUGGUGUGUGUGUGUGUGUGUUUGGGUGUGUGUGUGUGUUUGGGUGUGCUUGUAUGUGUUCAAACUAAACUACCACUCAAAGAACCACACACACACUCACGCUCGGCAGGGGAGGACAGUGGUGACGUCAUGGUUGGUUUCAUACUUCCUGUUCGGUAGAGUUCAUUUCCUGUUUCACCUCUCAUUCUUCUGACUGACUCUGUCUCUGUCCAGGCUCCUGUCUGUCUGUCUCUCUGUCUGUACACACCUCCUCCAUCUCCCCCUCUCUCUGCACUCUGUCUGACUUUCUCUACACUCCUCCAUCUCCCCCUCUCUCUGUCAGUCUGCUACCCUCCUCCUCCAUCUCCCCCUCUCUUUCUGUCAGUCUGCUACCCUCCUCCUCCAUCUCCCCCUCUCUCUGUCAGUCUGCUACCCUCCUCCUCCAUCUCCCUAUCUCGUCGUUCUACCCUCUCCUCUCUCCCCAUCUCUCUGUUCAGUCUUCCUUUCUACAUCUCCCUCUCUGUCAUCUGCUCCUCUCUCCUCCAUCUCCCUCUCUCUGUGUCUAUCUACCUCCUUUCUAACUCCUCUCUCUAUCUUCGUCUAUUGUGUUCUAUUCCUCUGUCCUCAUCUCUUCUAUCUUCUAUCUCUCUGUCUAUCUCUGUUUACCUCGUUCUCUCCGUUAUUCUCUUGUUUAUUCCUACUCUGUUCUAUCUCCCUAUCUCUCUGUUCUAUCUCCCUAUCUCUCUGUUCAAUCUCCCUAUCUCUCUGUUUUCCACUGUUCUACUCUCUUUUCUCUCUUUGUUCAUUUUUCUCUGUUUCUAUCUCUCCUGUUUAGCCUCAUCAUCUCUCUACUUUCUCUGUUUAAUUCUCUUCUAUCUUUCUAUCUCUCUGUUCUAUCUCUGUUCUAAUUCUCUGUUCUCUCUCUGUUCUAUCUCCCUAUCUCUCUGUUCUAGUCUCCUCUAUCUUCUGUCAAUCUCCCUAAUUCUCUGUUAUCCUGAUCUCUCUAUCUCCUUGUUUCUCUGUCUAUCUCUCGUUCAACUCCAUCUCCUGAUUUCUUGUUUAUCUCUCUGUUCUAUCUCUCUUCUAUCUAUCUGUUCAAUCUCCUAGUUCUCUCUCGUUUAUCCCUGUUCCCUGUUCUACCCUAUCUCUGUUCUAAUUCUCUCCUAUCUCUCUGUUUCCUGUUCUCUCUCCUGUUCUAUCUGUGUUUUAUAUCUUGUUCUAUCUAUCUGUUCAUUCCCUAUCUCUCUGUUUCUCUCUGUUCUAUCUCUCUGUCAUUCCAUUGUUUUCUCCUAUCUCUCUGUUUUCUCUGUUCUAUCUCCUGUUUAUCAUCUGUUCUAAUCAUCUUCUAAUUCUUGUUCUCUCUGUUCUAUCUCUCUGUGCUAUCUCCCUAUCUCUCUGUUCUAUCUCCCUAUCUCUCUGUUAUACCUCUGUUCUCUCUGUUCUCUCCUAUCUCUCUGUUCUCUGUUCUAUCUCCCUGUUCUCAUCUCCCUAUCUCUCUGUUCUAUCUCCCUAUCUCUUGUCUAUCUACUCUGUCUCUCAUUUUCUCUGUUCUCUCUCUGUUUAUCUCCCUAUCUCUCUGUUUUACUCUGUUCUAUCCCUCUCUGUCGUUCUAUCUCCUGUCUCGUAAUUCUCUGUCAUUCUCUUCUCAUUGUUUAUCUCCUUCUCUCUCUGUUAUCUCCCAUCCUGGUUUUCCCCUGUUCUAUCCCUACUUAUGUUCUUCUUUGUUCUAUCUCCCUGUCUCUGUUCUAAUUCUCUGUCCUAUCUCUCUUUUCUAUCACUCUGUUCUAUCUCUCUGUUCUCUCUCUGUUCCAUCUCCCGAUCUCUGUGUUUUAUCCCUCUGUUCUAUCUCCCUAUCUCUCUGUUCUAUCUCUCUGUUCUAUCUCCCUAUCUCUCUGUUCAAUCUCCCUAUCUCUGUUAUACCUCUGUUCUCUCUCUGUUCUCUCUCUGUUCCAUCUCCCGAUCUCUGUGUUUUAUCCCUCUGUUCUAUCUCCCUAUCUCUCUGUUCUAUCUCUCUGUUCUAUCUCCCUAUCUCUCUGUUCAAUCUCCCUAUCUCUGUUAUACCUCUGUUCUCUCUCUGUUCAAUCUCCCUAUCUCUCUGUUUUCUCUGUUCUAUCUCUCUGUUCUAUCUCCCUGUUCUGUCUCUGUCCUAUCUCUCUGCCCUCUUUCUGUCGGUCUGCUAUCCUCCUCUUUUAUCUUUCUGUUUUACCCCCUUCCCCCUCUUUUCUCUCUAUCUGUCUUUCACUGCUCCUUCAUCUCCCCCUCUCUCUCCCUUUAUCUCUUUUUCACCCCAGGUUACAGGCUCCUCUCUCACUGCUCUGUUAUGGUUUGCAGACUGGUGGAAUUCACCAGUUGUUGAUUGAAUUUUGAUAGACUGUUGGAAUUUAGAAUGUGUCUUGUAAUAACAGCAGAGUUCCGUCUGUCUGUGCUUCUGCGGGAGGAAGGUUUGUCUCUGUCUGUGCUUCUGCGGGAGGAAGGUUUGUCUCUGUCUGUGCUUCUGCGGGAGGAAGGUUUGUCUCUGUCUGUCUGCAGGAGGAAGGUUUGUCUCUGUCUGUCUGCAGGAGGAAGGUUUGUCUCUGUCUGUCUGCAGGAGGAAGGUUUGUCUCUGUCUGUGCUUCUGCAGGAGGAAGGUUUGUCUCUGUCUGUGCUUCUGCGGGAGGAAGGUUUGUCUCUGUCUGUCUGCGGGAGGAAGGUUUGUCUCUGUCUGUCUGCGGGAGGAAGGUUUGUCUCUGUCUGUCUGCAGGAGGAAGGUUUGUUUCUGUCUGUGCUUCUGCAGGAGGAAGGUUUGUCAAUUCAAUGUAAGGGGCUUUAUUGGCAUGGGAAACAUAUGUUAACAAGUGAAGAAGAUAAUAAACAAAAGUGAAAUAAACAAUAGAAAUGAACAGUAAACAUUACACUCAGAAGUUCCAAAAGAAUAAAGGCAUGAGGGAAAUAUGUGUCUCUAAUAUGGUCAUACAUUUGGUCAGGAGGUUAGGAAGUGCAGCUCCGUUUCCACCUCUGUCACGGAUACAGCCGAGGCUGCCCCUCCUCCUUGCUCGGGCAGGCUUCGGCGGUCGUCGUCACCGGAGUACUAGCUGCCACCGAUCGAUGUUUCUGUGUCUCACUAGUUCUGUCUUUAUUAUUCCCACCUGUUACUCAUUAGGCUUAUUACUUUCCCUGUAUCACCUCUGUUUUCCCUCCUGGGUGUGAGCGUGAUUGUUCGUUGUUACGUCGUCUGUUGAGCUGUUGUUUUGCUCUUC